AUGUUCAAAAACGUCUCGGAUCAUUUUGGCUCCAUCCUCGUUGCUUUGCUGUCUAUGCAGACUGUUUGUUCAGCACUUGCAGUUGAGACAAUCCAAACCAAUGAGAAAGAGUCUUCGGAGCUAGCAGUCCGAACUAGCGAUGAGUAUACUAUCGUCCAUAAAUGGGAAGGUGGAGCAAUUAUUGGAGCAGCUUCUUCGGUUGGCCUUGUGAUUACUGGAAUUGCCAACGUUAUUACCAGCUGGUACAGCAGCAAGCCAGACGCGCAAAAGGUCUGUGGAAAGUCAGCGACGAUUCAAAAGACAGGAGACGAUGGAGUCGGCUAUAAGUACUACGUGUACUCUUAUACAACUGGGUCAAACUGUGAUAGCACUCAGCGAGCUAAAACUAUCACUAAAAAGCUCUCCGACGCAUUCGAUGACUUGCAUUCUCAGGGCGCUUCUGCAGUGUGCCUUGACUUUGAUCACCAUGGUACUUGGCAUGGAGUCAUUGGCCUGGCAACCGUUGGCUCUGGUAUCGACCCCCAAAGCGCCUGCUCCGACCAUCAUGCAGGUGCUAAAAGGAGCGAUGCUGGCUUUCUCGAGCUUGAGGAAGACCGCAGCGCGGUUCUGGAACUGGAUGAAGACAAAGAAACCGCCAAACGAAAUGAGAUCGGAAUUGUGAAGAGAACUUCAAUCUCCGUCUCUGAGUCAAACAAGAAAUCCGGAAGUACCAAGUUCAGCAACUCCAACAAGUCCCAGGCUGUGAUCCUCGGAAUUGCGAACCAGAUGUAUCAGAAAAGUCAAGCCGGAAGCUGCAGCAGCGUCACAGGCACCAUCGAAGACUAUAACGGAGUCAGUUACUCCUACUACUUCUAUGCCUCGGGACGCAACUGUGAUACCACUGCUGAGAUCAAGACCAUGGUUACUGCUCUUGACGAUGCCUGGGACGGUCUCGGAAGCACCUCGGCACUGUGCAUGACAAUGCAACAUGGAAGUGGCACAUGGAGAGGACACCUAGGUAUCUCCGCGAUGCAAGGCACUUACCCUGCCUCGAGUUUGUGUUAG